AUGGACAGUUGUAAUGUCACACAAACAAAAGUUGUCCAUUGCUCUGGCUCCACAGAGAAACAAACCAUUCAGUUUGAUGAUAAAGGCAACCCUCUCUAUUCAUCUGAUGGUGGUGACAGAUACAUAACACAGAACAGGAACCUGGAUAUAUGUUUGUCUGACUGUGGAGCAGUAGUGGUGGUCAACCAAGCCGGGAAACUGAGAUUCAGGUACACAGGACAUACUCCUGCUCCAGAGAGCGAACCAUUCUAUCCACGAGGAAUCACCACAGACAGUCAGGGUCACAUUCUUACAGCUGAUCAUUACAAUCACUGUGUCCACAUCAUAGACCAGGAUGGACAGUUCCUCCAUUACAUAGACUGUGGACUGAGUGAUCCCUGGGGACUGUGUAUAGAUACAAAUGACAAUCUGUUCCUCAGAUUGGAAAUAGAGAAGUGA